ACGGAUUUCAGUUCCAUGGCGAAUGCCCGGCGGUGAGCAAGUAGGGAAAUCUGGUAUCUGGCUGAGUGCUCGGCAUAAAACGGAAAACUUGUUAGGAUGGAUAAACUGAGGGGCAACAAUGCGGCUGGCGAGAAUCCCUUCAAGCGGCCAAUGAAUGCCCUCCAGAAGCAGUGGUAUCGCGUUCUGCUGGCCCGCAGAGUGGGAUUCGGGCAGCGCCCUCCGCCCGAUGAAAAGGAGCUAACGUACGCCGACAUUUGUCGUAAGCGCUAUACAGCCGCGUUCCGGCGAUACAACGAACGUUUCCGCCGGGAAAUGGCCAAGCACGAGGAGAUGCAGCGGUGCGCCAUCGAUGCCAUGAGGGUCCACAGAACCUUUGCCAUCACCACACUUUGGCUGCCCUUGCACUCGAAACGGGAGAUAAACUCAACGCUGGAGACCCUCGAGCAGGUUCUCACCGCCAAGGAAAGACGACGCCUGCAGGAGAUACUCAAGCAAAGGGAGUCCUGGCACUCGCACCGUUGAAGCAACAUCCACUCCAGCUCAAGGCCAC